AUGGGUGUGACGGCGAAGAUAGCACCGUCGAUGCUGUCGUCGGACUUCGCCAAUUUAGCGUCGGAAGCUGAACGUAUGCUCAAUUGUGGCGCCGAUUGGCUGCACAUGGACAUCAUGGAUGGUUAUGCCAAGUUAUUCUGGUAUGAUUAUGUUCUAUGGCGUUUGAACUAUUUGACAUGCAACUGUUAUAUUCCUUGUUUGAUUGGCCUGAAUAGGCACUUUGUACCAAAUCUAACAAUUGGAGCACCGGUCAUUGAGAGUUUGCGGAAGCAUUCAAAAGCAUAUUUGGAUUGUCACCUUAUGGUCACAAAUCCUCUUGAUUACGUUGAACCUAUGGGGAAAGCUGGUGCUUCUGGUUUUACUUUCCAUGUUGAGGUUUCCAAAUAUAAUUGGCAAGAACUCAUUCAAAUAAUAAAAGCAAAGGGCAUGAAGCCUGGUGUAGCUUUAAAGCCUGGGACGCCAAUUGAAGAAGUUUAUCCUCUGAUUGAGGCAGAGAAUCCUGUGGAAAUGGUCCUUGUUAUGACUGUUGAACCUGGAUUUGGUGGGCAGAAAUUCAUGCCAGAAAUGAUGGAUAAGGUGCGGACACUGAGAAAGAAGUACCCUGCACUUGAUAUAGAAGUAGAUGGGGGCCUGGGGCCUUCAACCAUCGAAAUGGCUGCUUCAGCAGGGGCAAACUGUAUCGUAGCAGGAAGUUCAGUGUUUGGAGCUGCAGAACCAGCCAAAGUAAUAUCCCUUUUGAGAAAUAGUGUUCAGGAAGCCCAAUGAAACACAGUUGAUUUUGGUUAAUUUUGAUGAAAAUUCUCAGUGCAUUAACUGUAACAAAACCUUAUAUAUGAAAUAAAUCCUCACUCUCUUUUCUUCUA